CCAUUUGGCAUUUUGAUGCUUUUGUUCAUCCUGUCCCUCCCAGAUCUCUCAUUUUCAAUUUGCAGCUUUGAUUUUGCUUUCACUAGCUUAGCUGAGCCUUAGCCCUCACUCCACCCCAACCUGGCCACCUCUCCCUCUCUCUUUCUUCUCUGCAACAGCAUUGUCUGUAAUGUAUCUCUCUCACUGCUUAAGCCUGAAAGCUUAAAUCUUUGAAUCAGAGAAAACCCAUUUCCAUUUCACAUCUUUCCAUUUGAAAAACCAAAACCAGCAGCUUGAAAACAUGAGUUUUGCAGGACCCAGAAGUUCAAAACCCACAAAACCCCAAAACCCAUCAACCUCAAAUGCACCAACAUCCCAACCACAGCAACCCCCAAACUCCUCUUCAAAGUCCUCUUCUUCUUCUGUUUCUUCCUCCCUCUCAACCCACUUAGCCAUGGUGGAGCUGAAGCAGAGAAUCCUCACCUCCCUCUCAAAACUCUCAGACCGAGACACAUACCAAAUCGCCGUCGAAGAUCUCGAGAAAAUCAUCCAAACCCUCGCACCCGAGGGCCUCCCUAUGCUCCUUAAUUGCCUCUACGACGCCUCCGCUGACCCAAAACCCGCCGUCAAGAAGGAGUCUUUGCGCUUACUCGCAUUGGUCUCUGCUUCCCACCCCGAUUUCACAUCGACCCAUUUGACCAAAAUCAUUGCUCACAUCGUUAAGAGGCUCAAAGACGCCGAUUCCGGCGUCAGGGACGCGUGUCGCGAUGCCAUUGGAGCGCUGUCGGCGCAGUACUUGAAGGGAGAGAGUGUAAGUGACAAUGGGGUACUUGGGUCCAUUGUGGGUUUGUUUAUGAAGCCUUUGUUUGAGGCUAUGGCGGAGCAGAACAAAGGGGUGCAAUCUGGUGCGGCGUUGUGUAUGGCUAAGAUUGUGGAUUGCGCUGCCGACCCACCUGUCUCUUCUUUUCAGAAGCUGUGUCCAAGGAUCUGCAAGUUGCUUAACAAUCCUAACUUCUUGGCUAAGGCAUCGCUCUUGCCGGUUGUUUCAAGUCUGUCUCAGGUUGGAGCAAUUGCACCGCAAAGCUUGGAAAAUUUACUGCAAAUUAUUCAUGAAUGCCUUGGAAGUACAGAUUGGGCAACACGUAAAGCAGCAGCUGAUGUGCUGAUAGCAUUAGCAUUGCAUUCAAGCAAUUUGGUCAAAGAUAGAACUGCUUCCACCCUGACUGUGCUUGAGUCUUGCCGUUUUGACAAGAUUAAACCUGUCAGAGAUAGCAUGACAGAGGCAUUGCAGUUCUGGAAAAAGAUUGCUGGGAAAGGAGGAGAUGAAGCUCCAAAUGAACAGAAAGGCCUGUCUCAUGAGGUGUCAGAAAAGAAUGAGUCAAAAAAUCCAAAGCCUAGUGAGAGAACAGAGCAAGCAGCAAAGGGUUCAUCUAAUGAUUCAUCCCCUACUUCAGAUUCUGUUUCUAAAUCCAAAGGUAUUACUGCAGAUAAAGCAGUUGCACUUCUGAAGAAGAAACCACCUGUCUUAACUGACAAAGAGCUAAACCCAGAAUUCUUCCAGAAACUUGAAGAAAGGGGUUCUGAUGAAUUGCCUGUAGAGGUAGUUGUUCCUCGUAGACAUCUCAAUUCUUCAAACUCAAAUAAUGAGGUAGAACUAGAGCCAAAUUGUACAGAUUCAAAGGAAAGGCUAAACCGCAAUGGAAACAGCCAAUCUGAUGAUAUUCAGGGAUCUUUCAGUAGUAAAUACCGUAACAUAGAGAGAGGACUUGCUGGUCUGUAUUCUAAACAGCGAGAUCAUGAUGACUUUGAGCGCGGUAAAUGGCCAGAAGAAAGGGCAAAUGGAAAAGACCCAAGAAUGAGAGCAGUUGAUGGUGAUGAUAGAAUUGAUAUAAAUCAAAGGGAGUCAUCUAGCAGUCGUGCAGGUUUCUCAAAAACUGAUGGUCAAUCUGAAGGAACCUUUGUCAAUAACAAAGGAAAUUGGUUGGCUAUCCAAAGGCAAUUGUUACAGCUGGAGAGACAACAAGGUCAUCUGAUGAGCAUGCUGCAGGAUUUCAUGGGUGGGUCUCAUGAUAGCAUGGUAACUCUGGAGAACAGAGUAAGGGGUCUUGAGAGAGUUGUUGAAGACCUGGCACGAGAUUUAUCUAUAUCAUCAGGGAGGAGAGGUGGUAAUUUUGCAAUGGGGUUUGAGGGAUCUUCUAAUAGGCCCUUAGGCAAGUAUAAUGGUUUUCCUGAUUACACUAGUGCCAAGUUUGGACGAGGCGGGGAUGGAAGAAGUCCAUUCAGUGAAAGAUUUGCCCAAAAUGAUGGAAUUGUUUCUGGCGUGAGGGGAAGGGGCCCACCUUGGAGAUCUGACAUGUCUGAGGUGUGGGAUUUUUCUACAUAUGGUGGUGGUUCUCGAAAUGGGCAGAUUGGUUCAAGGAAGGCUGUAGGAGGUGGUCCUGUGGAUGGUAGGUCCCCCAAAUCAGAGAAUGAGAGUGAUCAGGGUGGCAACAGGCGAGCAUGGGAUAAAGGGGUUGGACCUGUUAGGCUCGGUGAGGGGCCUUCUGCAAGAAGCGUUUGGCAAGCUUCAAAAGAUGAGGCUACCUUGGAAGCAAUUCGUGUUGCUGGAGAGGACAAUGGAACAUCUAGAGCAGCAAGAGUAGCUAUACCUGAAUUGACCGCAGAGGCUAUGGAAGAUGAUAAUGUGGGCCAAGAGCGGAAUCCAAUCUGGACUUCUUGGACUAAUGCAAUGGAUGCUCUUCAAGUGGGUGAUGUGGAUACAGCCUAUGUGGAAGUAUUAUCUACAGGAGAUGAUCUCUUGCUUGUAAAGUUAAUGGACAGAUCAGGUCCUGUGAUUGACCAACUUUCAAAUGAGACAGCAACUGAGGUCUUGCAUGCUGUUGGACAAUUUUUACCAGAGGCAAACUUGUUUGACAUCUGUUUGUCUUGGAUUCAACAGUUGGUUGAAAUGGUGCUGGAAAAUGGAUCAGAUGUUUUUGGCCUUCCCACAGAAGUAAAGAAGGAGCUUGUAUUGAAUUUGCAUGAAGCUUCUUUAGCAAUGGAUCCACCUGAGGACUGGGAAGGUGCAACGCCGGAUCAACUUUUGGUGCAGUUGGCAUCAUCCUGGGGAAUCAAUUUGCAACAGCAUGACAAAUAGUUACUAGUUCAUUUGCCAAUUUGUAUUCAAUGUGAACUUUGCGUUUGGAGUGGAUGAUUUGGUCUAUAGUUCCUUCAGUUAGUACGAUUUGAACUUAAUGA